GGAUUCUUUUAGCUUACCUACUCAUUCUUUUCUUAAUCUUUUCUUUUUUGUAUCAAAAUUUUGAAGCAAAUUAAUUGAUUAAAAGACCAAAGAAAUUCAAGAAGGCAAUAAGCAGUACACACUCGCACCAAAAGCGACGCAAAGCAAGAGACUUUACCCGACGCUCAAUUUGGUAGGUACACCAUUUUUUCCAGCUGAGGUAUAAUAGAAAGCUGGGAAUUUGUGAAUGAACUAUGGGUGACAAGUUGAGAUCAAAAGGAAGGAAAUCCAAGGAAGUUAGUUCAUUGACUGAUGACGAGCUUUCGAAACCGUCCUCUAUUCCAUUAAAUAGAGCUAACGAAAAUUUAGCUGGGAUUUUUGCCUGCGCUCUUCUUAUUUUUGAUUCAGUACUCAGUUUUCUCAUAAUUACUUAUGUCCCAUACACAAAAAUAGAUUGGGAUGCUUAUAUGUCACAGGUAUCAGGAUUUCUUGGUGGGGAGAGAGAUUAUAGUAACUUAGAAGGUGACACUGGGCCGCUCGUCUAUCCAGCUGGUUUUUUGUAUGUAUAUUCAGCCAUACAGUACAUCACAGGAGGACAAGUGUAUCCUGCUCAGAUCUUAUUUGGUUCUCUGUACAUUAUUAACCUCGCCAUUGUGUUGUUCAUCUAUAUCAAAACUGAUGUGCUUCCUUGGUGGGCGCUUACCCUGCUUUGUUUAUCAAAGAGGGUGCAUUCCAUUUUUGUACUUAGGUUAUUCAACGACUGCAUUGCAACAACACUUCUAAAUGCUGCACUUGCAACCUUUCUUUAUCAGAAAUGGUGGUUGGGGUUAAUAAUAUUUAGCUUCGCAGUUUCAAUAAAGAUGAAUGUGCUGCUGUAUGCCCCGUCCUUACUGCUACUACUGUUGAAGGCUAUGGAUAUCAGUGGAACAAUAGUGGCUCUUGGAGGGGCUGCAUUGGUUCAGAUCCUGCUAGGAUUACCAUUUUUAGUAUCAUAUCCAGUAGCCUACAUAUCGAGAGCCUUCAAUCUUGGACGUGUUUUCAUCCACUUUUGGUCUGUUAACUUCAAAUUUGUUCCAGAACCAAUCUUUGUUUCAAAAGCGUUUGCUGUUUCGUUGUUGAUUAUACAUCUAGGACUGCUUGCUUGUUUUGCUCACAAGAAAUGGUGCAAGUAUGAGGGUGGUCUUCCGAAGGCUUUACAUUCUGUAUACAUCUCGACUCUAAGUUGCUUCCCUCUUCAACAACUUUACGCAUAUGGCUUGACCUCAAAAACACUCGCUGCUGAACAUAUUUUAACGAUCAUGUUUGUUGGAAACUUUAUUGGUAUCGUAUGUGCCCGCUCACUGCAUUAUCAGUUUUACUCCUGGUACUUCUUCAGCCUGCCAUUUCUUCUUUGGAAGACACCUUUUCCUUCGUUGAUCCGCAUCGCAUUGUUUGUGGGAGUCGAAUAUUGUUGGAAUGUUUAUCCGUCGAACACAUACUCGUCCGCUAUACUUCUUUGCCUCCACUUGAUAAUUUUGUGGGGACUGUGGAUUGCUCCCCCAGAAUACCCUUAUAUCGAUGGCAAAUCAUCAGCGGAGAGGAAGAGAAAAUGAUACAUAUAUCAUAAUCCAUAGAAAUGAUUAGUUAACUGUUCGCCUUGCGAGUUGAUGUAAGUGGAUUAUCACUCGUCAAUUCGUCAUCGCCCCCUACUGAUAGAGAUUCCGAUCCCUCAAACUAGGAUGUGGAAGGCCAAUUGGCUCAUCGAUGUAACAUAGUUACCAUUCACUUUUUUUUGGAUGUAAUGACUACUUAGAUUUGGAAAAUAUGUAGCAGGACUACAAUUUUGUUCACAUUUGUUUAUGCUUUUAACACCAAAUAGCACUCCAGAAUAGUUUUCUUGUA